AUGGAUUAAAGUAUCUACCAACCUUACUAAAUAAAAAAUUAUACUUUAGUAUUACAUUAUUUUAUAGAGGAAUUAUCUACUUAUAUCAGAUUAGCUAGACUACUAAUAUGACUGUUUAGAAUUAGAAAAUGAUUAAUGGUCAAGCAUUUCUAUAUUGAAAGGCUAUCCAUAAUAUAUAAAAAUAAGGAUUCAAGAUUAUUUCCCUUUAAAAAUAUUUUUCAAUGUAGGAGCUUUUAAAUGCAAUGCUUAUUUUUCAUUUUAAACUUCCUAGCCAUCUGAAACAAAUCAUCAAAAACAUGUUGUUAUAAAAUAAUAAAAAAUUAUUGUAAUUAAGAAGCCAGAAGAACAUAAACAAUAUUUAUUUAUUUCUCUCUUAUGUGAUUUUAGUACUUAAGUCAAACUUAAAGCAUGGUUUUAAUGUAUAAAAUUUUGUUUUAUAUUAGAAUCCCAAUAUGAUAGAUGCUAUUUUCUUUGUUAUUAUGGUUAAGAAUAGCACAAAAAGCGAAGUUCUUCACAACAUAAUAAUAAGACAGAUGAUGAAUCAUGUAUUUCUGAUAAAAAUAAUGCUACUAUCAUUAUAAAUAACAAUAGUAUAGAAAAGUCCCUCUUAAGUGAUAGCAUUGUCCCCCCCAUAAAAUCUUUAAGUGAAAAUCGUAGAUUCAAUGUUCUGAGAUAGAAAAGUGGAUCAAUACCUUUAAAAAGUAGAAUUUUAUAAGUGUAACAGAAAAAACUUUAAUUAUACUCAUAAAAUAUAGUUCAAAGAUAUUAAAGAAUGUUAAUAUAAUCAUAUAAGUCUAUAAAUUAAUCAAGAAUGAUGAAAAAAUACAUCAAUUAAUGGAUAAUUACACUAAAUUUUAUUAAGCAAAUUGAAUCACUCUAUGCUCAUUUUAAAAUUAAUAAAAUAUUAAAAUGCAUGUCUAAUUCUCCAAAACUAUAUGCAUAAAGAUGGAAGCAGAUUUAAGAAAAAAAUUUUAGUUUAAAAGCUAGAAUUUUAAUAUAAGCCAACUUAACUCUGACUUCAUACUCAAAUUAAAUAAAUGAAAAAAUUGAAAGAUAAAUAUCAUAACUCAUCUAAAUAAGUUUGGCAGACAAAAAUUUCAUUAAAAAACAAGCAUAAUUAUAGUAAUCAUUUAUAAAUUUCUACCUAAAAGUUAGACUGAUUUAAGAAUUUUAUUUAUAAUAAAGAAGCAAAUUCAAUAUUUAGAUGAAUUAAAUGAUUUAAAAUAUCAGAUAAUAAUAACCAACAAUUCUAAUUUCAAAAUAAAGAAUGAAAAGAAUUUUGUUUGAAUUUUAUUAGUUGUUAUGUGCUAAACAUAAAUCUUAAUAUAAGAAAUUCUUAGAAUGGUAAACACCUAACAAUACUUUAAUAACUUCAGUUUUCGCAUUAUUUUCAAGACCAAAAUUAAAUAUAAUGAAGAAUCAAACAUUAUUGUUAUAAAUUAUCGAAUAAACCAAAUGA